UAUAUAACAAAUAAUUUGAGCAGUAUGGGGGUCAGGCACGAGUGGUUUCAGACGGAGCAGUACAUAACAGUUACCAUAUUUGCAAAAGGAGUUACUCAGGACCGACUUCAGAUAGUAAUUGGUAAGCAGAAUCUGAGUGUAAUAGUGAAGAUAGACGAUCACGCAGAGUACACAAUAGAUACCAUCUUACAGCACCCUAUAGAUCCUGAUACCUCUUCCCAUAAAAUAUUCAAAACAAAGGUAGAGAUAAGGUUAUGUAAAGCAACAGGUGUGCGGUGGGACUCUCUAGAACACAAAGAACAGACGGAUGCUAAUAGCGGAAGAGCCUACCCAACCUCAAACCGUCGUGAUCCCGUCGAUUGGGAUAGAGUAGAAGCAGAGGUCGAGAAACAGGAUGCAGAAGAGAAGAAGGAGGGAGAUGCCGCUCUUAACAACCUUUUCCAGAAAAUAUACGCGGACGGUAACGAGGAUACUCGACGAGCGAUGAUCAAAUCUUUCCAGGAAUCAGGAGGCACUGUUUUGAGCACAAACUGGAAUGAUAUUGGAGCUAAACAAGUAGAAGUGAAACCUCCUGAUGGGAUGGAAUACAAGAGUUGGAGUGAAUGAACCCGAAUGAACAUACGACUACCGUACCGUAGUCCUGAAGACAUCGAAUCGCUUGGAUGAACCGGCAGAUUGCCCCGUUUUUUGCAUCAUGAUAGGAAAUUUUUGUAGGAAUACCGAAUAUGUUUAUUUAUCUGGUUUGAUCUGAGAAAUUUCUGAGACUGUUGCUUUUUACUCGUUGUCACAAUAAACUUUUUUGUUCACUAAAUAACUAUCUUUUAACGCAUUUGUAGUAUAAAAAGCA